AUGUUCUCCCGCAUCAAUCAAGUGGCACGUCAUCUCAGUCGUCCUUUACCAAACUACUUGCAUCGUUCCGCAGCAGCUGCAACUACCAGACUUACCAGCAGUCCCGCCAUCAUGGCAGAUACAAACAACAAGCGCACUAUCAACACCGCAGCAUGUCUGAUUAUUGGUGAUGAAGUUUUGGGUGGAAAGACCGUCGACACCAACAGCGCCUACCUCGCCAAAUUUUGCUUUAGCCUAGGCAUAAACCUCAAACGCAUUGAAGUCAUCGGCGACGAAGAAUCAGAAAUCGUAGAGGCAGUCCGCCGCAUGUCUUCAAACUACGACUUUGUCGUGACUUCUGGCGGCAUCGGUCCCACUCACGACGACAUCACUUACCAGAGUAUUGCCAAUGCUUUCGGACUACCCUUGGUCCUUCACGACGAGACCUUCUCACGUAUGAAGCGUCUGAGCAAGCCUCAUCCUAAUCAGCCUAACUUUGACUGGGACACGCCAUCGCCUGCGCUCGAGGCCAAGAAACGUAUGGUGAUUCUGCCGUAUGAUGAGAAAUUGUCUAGGGAGGAGCAAGUCAUCUUUACCGCUCCAGACCUCUGGGUUCCCGUUGCUUGCGUCAAUGGAAACGUUCAUAUCUUACCUGGUGUACCAAGAUUGUUUGAGCGCAUGCUCACGGGCUUGAAGCCAACUCUGCUGCCUAGAUUGACCGACCCUGAAGGCAAAGGUGUUUACCGAAUUAUCAUUUCGACUCCGCUGCCCGAGAGUGGUGUUGCUUCUUACUUGACUGAGUUGGCCAAGAAGGUUGAGCCUGAGGGUAUCAAGGUUGGAAGUUACCCGAGAUGGGGCAAGGCCAGGAACACCGUCACGCUUGUCGGCAGAAACAAGGAGUACAUGGACAGUCUUGUCCCCGAGGUCGAAAAGGGUGUUCAAGGCAAGCGUGUCACUGUAGAAGGCGAAGAUGAUGUCGAGGGCGAGUCUGACAAGGACACUUGA